AUUUUAAAAUAGAAAUUUGAUUUUGAGCUAGCUUGCUAGUUGCUUAGCUAAGGGCUUUUGUCAGCUUGCGCUUCGCGGACUUACAAUCGCCACAACAUAAAUUGAUUCCCUGAUCACAGCCAAACGCCGCCAAAAACACGUCCAACUGGAAAUCAAAUCCCCCAGAAAGAACAACGAAAAUUUGAAGUUUUAGAAAGGAAGGAGUGAUUAAUCGCUUAUUUUUCUUUUAUCCAUCCUCGAGAUGCAAGCCGUGGUUAUUAGCCCAACAUAUUAUUGCAGGGCCCAUCAAUCCCUAGAACCCUCCUGUUCUCGUCCCACAACUGCCACGCCGUCUAGCUUCUUUGGCACCCGCGUAUCGCUCAAGAAAGGGCGUAAUCUCUCGCGGCGCUGCUCAUGGCGUUGUGUGCGGAUUCGAUCACCUGCUCUCACCCGUAGGCAAGUUGUAAAGGCUGUGGCCAUUCCUGACUCAGCGUUGGAGUUGCUGCUAACGGCAGAGAAUGUCGAAAGAGUGUUGGAUGAAGUUCGACCAUACCUUAUUGCUGAUGGGGGGAAUGUGGCAUUACAUGAGAUUGAUGGUAAUGUUGUGCGAUUGAAGCUACAAGGGGCAUGUGGCUCAUGUCCAAGUUCUGUUAUGACAAUGAAGAUGGGUAUCGAGAAACGGCUAAUGGAAAAGAUACCUGAAAUUGUUGCAGUGGAACCAAUAACUGAUGAAGAAACUGGCCUUGAGCUGAAUGAAGAAAAUAUUGAGAAGAAAUUAAGGCAUAACGUUCAACUUUUUCUGAACGUGUAUGCAUGUCAGGUACUUGAAGAAAUUAGGCCGUACCUGGUUGGGGCAGCGGGUGGAUCGCUUGAAUUAGUUGCCAUUGAAGAGCCAAUAGUGAAAGUUCGAAUAACGGGCCCUGCAGCAGGGGUCAUGACUGUUAGAGUGGCUGUCACACAAAAAUUGCGAGAGAAAAUUCCUGCCAUUGCGGCAGUUCAACUUCUAUGAUUUCGAUGCUAGAUUCUUCCAUCAACAAUAUGGUUCUCAAAUAAAGCAUUUCUUGUUAGGCUUGUAAAACUUGUAUGAAUAGUGAAAUCCUGCUGUAUAGUUUCUAUACUUGUUGGAUGCCAGUGUUAAAUGGUAAUGUUUUGACAGUUCAAUUCUAUUACAGUGAUUUGUAAAUUGUCA